AUGCCGUCGCCGGACGCGGCGGCGAGGCACACGGGCGCCGGCGUGGCGCGUCGGCAGGCCCACCACGAGCGGAUGCGCGACGAGCGCGCUCGGGAGGCGGCCGCGGGCAACGCGGAGCUUCCGCCGGAGGACGACGCGGUCGAGAUGGCGAGCGCCGCCCACGUGCUGGACAGCGUGGCGGAGGUGGACCCAAACUACACCCUGCUGCGCAGCAAGGAGACGAAGGCGAAGCGCCGGAAGCGAAAGCGCGAGGAUGCCAGGGCGGCGCUCAACGGCCACACUGUCCUGUCCACCGGAUCGCGCCUCGAGAUCUUCUGCGACAGUGAGCGGUGGUACCCUGCGACCGUCAUGGCGCGGGAGGAGCACGGGGACGGACGGAUCGUGCACGAGGUCGAGUACGACGGCUACUCAGAUCGGCGGAGGCACCCCUUUGGGUUCACGCCCUUGCAUACCGCCGCCAUCCGUGGGCACGAGAAGGCCCUCGGGCGGCUGCUUGCUGCGGGCGCCGACCCAUCCAUCCGGUGCUCGCGCGGGAUGACGGCUCUGGACUGGGCUGACUUCUGGGGAGUGGAGGCGUGCACCCACGCGGCUGCUACGCAGCGGCUCGUCGACCGAAAUGUGCAGAGCCUGCCCCUGAGAACACCCGUCGAGACCUGCCAGACUUGA